AGCCCAGUGCUCGCUACCCCUGGGAUACUGUCAACAUAAGGACACAUAAUGAUUUGCUAGCAAUAAGCCACACCCUUGACUGACAGGAAGACUAAUAUAUUGGGCCGUUCGCUCACCAUUGCUUUGCUUUCUUCCAGGAAUAUUCCGGCAGUGUGAUCUAUACCGUCACUCCUCUCUCAGGAUGCGUGCGCUCUUCACCGGGGGUCUGCUCUGGGCCCUGCUGCAGAUCGGGACCUCGCUCUUUCUGGGGGCCUUCAACAUCAAAUCCUUUGGGGACAAAAAGGCGUCCAACUCCACCCUGAUGGACAUCAUAAGCACAAUUGUCCAUCGCUAUGACAUCCUUCUCAUCCAGGAAGUCAGAGACAGUGAUCUGUCUGCAACCAAACUCCUCAUGGAUCACGUGAACCAGGGGCCAGGCCAGUACAGCUACAUAGUGAGUGAACCUUUGGGUCGCAGCACGUACAAGGAGAGAUACCUUUUCCUCUACAGGGAGGAUACUGUCUCCGUAGUGAAGAACUACACAUACGAUGAUGGCUGUGAGCCAUGUGGUACAGACAUCUUCAAUAGAGAACCUUUUGUUGUCAUGUUCUCUUCCAGAAACAGCGGUGGGAGCUUUGUCCUGAUCCCUCAGCACACCUCACCCGACUGGGCCAUCAAAGAGGUGGACGCCCUCUACGAUGUGGUGAACGAUGUCCGCACUCGAUGGCACACUGACGAUAUCCUGCUCCUGGGCGACUUCAAUACAGGCUGCAGCUACGUUACGGGCAAAGACUGGGAGACGAUUCGCCUUUUCACCGAUAAGAGCUUCCAGUGGCUCAUCUCAAAUGAUGUGGACACCACCGUGUCUCAGAGCAACUGCCCCUAUGACAGGAUUGUGGCCACAGCGGACAUGCUGAAAAGAGUGGUACUCGGUAGUGCUGCGGUCUAUAACUAUAUGGUGGACCUCCACCUCAGCCACAGCCUGACCUUGGCCGUGAGCGACCAUUAUCCUGUGGAGGUGAGGCUGACCGCCGGCCCUCCGUCCGGCCCUCCGUCCGGCCCUCCGUCUGGACCUCCGUCCGGCCCUCCGUCCGGCCCUCCCUCCGGCCCUCCGUCCGGCCCUCCGUCCGGCCCUCCCUCCGGCCCUCCGUCCGGCCCUCCGUCCGGCCCUCCGUCUGGACCUCCGUCCGGCCCUCCGUCCGGCCCUCCCUCCGGCCCUCCGUCCGGCCCUCCGUCCGGCCCUCCGUCUGGACCUCCGUCCGGCCCUCCGUCUGGACCUCCGUCCGGCCCUCCCUCCGGCCCUCCGUCCGGCCCUCCGUCCGGCCCUCCGUCCGGCCCUCCGUCUGGCCCUCCGUCUGGACCUCCAUCCGGCCCUCCGUCCGGCCCUCCGUCUGCCUGAGCCCUGCAGCACUGGACGAACUUUAAGCUGAUGGUUUAAAGGUUGUUUCGGCCAUUAAGGAAGAACUCAUGUCAAUUCACAAUGCCAUGAGUAGCUUGACUUAAAUAAAGUUGGAUGUAAACUUUAUUAAACGGUCGCUGGGUUGGGCCAAUGGUUGGUAGGACAACAUUGAAUGAUUUGCCUCUUCAAUAAGCCUAUUCUUACACAACCACACUAUCAGUAAUUCAUGGAAAUUUCUUCGGAACAUAAAUACAUGCAAUAACCGAUUACAUAGUUAUUAAAAAAAUUGUAUAGUGUUGUUGAUUACAUCGCAAUAAAAUUAAAGAACAAAUUCAAA